AUGGCUCUCUUUGUAGAAAUAAACUGGUCACAGAACUUGGCCCCUGUGGAGCAUACGGACUCCUUGAAUUUGACAUGCAUUUCUCCAAACAAUGACGGGACAUUCCAGUGGUUUCUGAACCUUGAUGUGAUUCAGGAAGGGGAUGGACCAGUAAUCUCCAGAGAUGGCAGGGUCCUCACCAUCCCCACAGUCACAUGCAAUGACUCCAGCACUUACCACUGUGAGAUCAGGAACCACCUGGGAUCCAGGCUCAGUGAAGCCCUUGUGGUUGGCGUGGCUUAUGGCCCAGAUACCCCCAUUGUGACCGCACUGGACCCAGAUUUUGUGAUUGGUUCCAACCUCACUCUGGUCAGCUUAGCCUACUCCCACCCCCUUGCCCAGCACACAUGGAGCUUCAAUGGGGUCGCCAUGUGGGAGCGCCAGACCCUCUUCAUGCCCAGUCUCUCCAGGGCACACUCAGGGGUCUACACCUGCAAGGCCUCCAACUCCAUUUCCGGCUUGCACAGCAGUGUGGACACCAUCAUCACUGUCUCAGAGACACUUCCUCAGCCCAAUGUCACAGCCAGUAACUUAGCCCCAGUGGAGCAUGUGGCUUCCAUCAGUCUGCAUUGCCUCUCUCUAAGGAGCACUGUGGCCAUCCACCGGUACGUCAAUGGCCAGAAGCUCUUCGUUGGUGGCCACAGGGAGGUGUCCCUGGACUGCAGAACACUGACUCUGUGGAACAUCACCAGGAAUGACACGGGAGUCUAUCAGUGUGAGAGCUGGAACUCAGCCACCAGUAGCAUCAGCAACCCCACUCUCGUCAAAGUUAUAUAUGGCUCAGACCCUCACAUGGUCAACCCUCCAGACCCAGAGGUCACAGCUGGGGCAGCCCUCACCCUGUCCUGCUUUGCUGACUCAAACCCCCCUGCCCAGUACCACUGGGAGAUGGACAGAAGGCCAGGCCCUGCCACCCAGCACCUGGUCAUUUCUGAGGUCACUCUGGACCAGGAGGGCAGGUGCACGUGUGAGGCCUCCAACAGCCUCACUCACCUCCGCGGCUCAGUCAAUGGCAAGAUCUGGAUCUCAGAGGUUCCUGGGGAUGGCCUGCAGCCGGCCUUACUCAGGGCCACCAUUCCUGCUGGAGGCAUCGCAGGGAUUGCUUUGGGUGUCCUGAUCAGCGUGGUGCUCACAGGGACUGCCGGCUACUUUGUUGGGGUCAUAAGGUCCCAGGUACCAGCUCUGGGCCCCUCAGAGGUCAUGGAGCCAGGACUGAGUGUCUGGGGAUCCCAGAGGGAGCCACUUAUCUGGGAGCUGCAAGCUUCACUGGCAGGGACCAGGGGCACUGAGGACCAGUGGGUGGGUCUGCAGGGGAAGAACCUGCUCAGGAACUGGUGGUCAGCACUGGCGCUGGGGCACCACCCAUUUGUCCUGAGUUCGAUCCUGGGCUCUUGA